CUCGCGUUCGGAUUUAGUUCUCGGCGUCUCCGAGCUAUCUAUCAUCUCUUCUAUCUAUCUCCUCCCACUCGAGCCCGGCUGCUGCUGCUUUUCGAGCUUGUGAUCCUCGUGCCUCCUCCGGGCAAGCAGAGAGCACAGCACAGCACGCACGCACGCAGGAGAAGAAGAAGAGCAAGCAGAAGAACACCUCACAUUCACCUGGAGUCACUAUCACUACUAUCAUUGCGAUCAGAUUCAACCGAGGCCUCCUGUAGGAAGGCUCCCCAGCGAUUCAUACACCAGCGUCGAUGAAUUACUUUCCUCCAGAUGAUCGACGUGGCCACUCUUGAUUCCCGCAACUCAACGCACAAGAAUGCGACAUGGAUGUACCUUGGUCCCGAAUGAUGUGUGGAACGCCAGCCUCGAAGCUCUGACCGCCCACGCGUUGGUAAUUCGGCGGACUUCAUAGCUGAUUUGUAUUUCUUAGAAGAAUCCAUCGUUAUCUGAAGAGGAGGAAAAUCAGGACGAGCCAAGAUGAUGCCCUCCACGGAUUCAUCGUCUGCGAAGCCUUACAAUCUGCGCAAGCAAGGGGACACGCCCACAAAACCCGACGUGGGUCGAGACGCUCGAGGCUCUCUCGAAGUAUUCGGCGGGGCGCCACAAACCUCAGCAUUGCUGUUCUCGAGGUCAGCUGCGGAAGAUGCCUUGGCAGCGGCCGGAAUUCGACCCUCGCAAAUUCUGAGCCCCUCGGGCUCCGGCAGGCUUCUGCCCGCGCUCGGCCCGUUAGGGUCGGACGGACAGGCGCUGCCGCUGUCGCAGUCCAUGCUCAAGGAGCGCGAGAAGCAAGUUCUGGGCACAGAGCGCGGCGUGAGAACGGACUCGGGACGCGCCAGGGAUCAAGUGGACAGGUGGCUGGCUACUGUCGACGAGCGCGCUCCGCCUUCCAAAGGCUCGGCCAAGGAGCCGAGCACGGAUUUCUCGUUGGACGACCUGGAGCUGCCAUCUUCCGGCGCUGCUGCUGGCCCAGGAGCCAGAGGCGCAGCAGCCUUGGCCUCGCCCGAAUGGGCUGGGGCCAAAGGCAAAGCUGUGGUCGAGAAGGAGCCGAGCGAAGUGGCCGGAGGAGGCUUCCAGGCGCCCGAAGGUGUGUUUCCCCUGGGGGGCGACAAGGUGGUGCCCAUGGUGUCGGGCCCGUCGGACUUGUCAGAGGAGGUGCAGGCCGAGCGAGCCGCGCAAUGGGGAGUGCUGAUGAAGAGCACGGCAGAUCUGGCCUCGACCGGCCGCGCGUCCGGGUCCAAGGACGAGCGGAUUUCGGCCUCCGGCAUGUCCCGCAGAACUUCGGAAGGAUCCGAAGGCGAGGUUCCUCGUGUCUCUAGAGAUUUGAAAGAUGCUCUCGCUUCUUUCCAGCAGACCUUUGUGGUCUCGGAUGCCACACGCACGGACUUCCCCAUUCUGUAUGCCAGUGCGGGAUUUUUCGCCAUGACAGGUUACACUCCCAGAGAGGUCAUCGGAAGAAACUGUCGAUUUCUCCAGGGACCUGAUACCGACCAAAGCGACAUAGAGAGAAUUCGAACUGCUCUCAAGGAGGGGAAGAGUUAUUGUGGAAGACUUCUGAAUUACAGGAAAGACGGAACUCCUUUCUGGAACCUUCUGACAAUUGCACCUAUCAAGGACGACACUGGGAAAGUGCUCAAAUACAUUGGAAUGCAGGUCGAGGUCAGCAAAUACACAGAAGGAAACAAGUCCAAUGAAGUUCGGCCGAACGGAAUGCCGGCUUCACUUAUCAAAUACGACGCUCGGCAGCAGGACAGAGCCACGAGUUCUGUUCAGGAACUGGUGGGAGCUUUGAAACAUCCUCACCAAUCACCGCAAGAUAAGCCCUCGGAAGGAGGCAUGCAAUCGAUGUUUUCAGUUCCUCCAUUGAAAGACGAACUGCAGUUGAAGGUACCCUCACGCUUUUCAACGCAGUCGGUUGUCGCACUGCCGCUCGAGGGUAGCCAAUCGGCGAAAGCAAGGGCAAAAAGUGAGUCAGUGAGUCGACUGACCGAUGUCCCAGAACAACCUGGAAUGGCUGAUGGCGGCCUUCGAGGGGGGCAGAGCCACCGCAGAUCGUCGGGGUUGUUGCAAAUGCUCAGGAAACCGAAAUCACAACAGCCAGAAGCUGAUGUCGUCGACAUCGAUGACUUGGACCUUGACGAUGAUGCCCCACAGACCAUGGAUGAGAGGCCAGAGAGUAUUGAUGACAGUGAGCGAGCCAAGGAAAUUCGUAGGGGAAUGGAUUUGGCCACAACGUUAGAGCGAAUUGAGAAGAAUUUCGUGAUUACAGAUCCUCGAUUGCCGGAUAACCCCAUUAUUUUCGCAUCCGACCACUUCUUAGAGUUAACGGAGUAUACUCGAGAAGAAAUUAUCGGAAGAAAUUGUCGGUUUCUGCAAGGGCCCGAUACGGACAUGGAUGUUGUUCGGAAAAUUAGUGAUGCUAUCAAACAACAGCAAAACAUCACUGUUCAACUUCUGAAUUACACCAAAGGCGGAAAACCGUUUUGGAAUUUGUUUCACUUGGAAGCAAUGAAGGACAACAAGGGUGAGUUGCAAUAUUUUAUCGGAGUCCAGCUCGAUGGAAGUGAGCACAUCGAACCCAUCAGGCGACGACUCUCCGAAAAGACUGAAGAGGAAGGCAAAAGGAUUGUGCAAGCUACAGCGAAGAAUGUUGACGGAGCAGUGAGGGAGCUUCCAGAUGCGAAUAUGAGCAUCGAGGAUUUGUGGGCGAAUCACUCUCGUGUUGUCUUUCCUAGGCCUCACAAACGUCAGAGUUCCACAUGGCAUGCCAUGCGAAAGAUACUCAGUUCUGGAGACAAAUUGGGUCUCAACCACUUCAGGCCAAUCAAACCUCUUGGUUGUGGAGAUACCGGCAGUGUACAUCUGGUGGAGCUGAGAGGGACGAGUGAGUUCUAUGCCAUGAAAGCCAUGGAUAAGAAUGUUAUGGUGAAUCGGAAUAAGGUUCACCGUGCUCGGGCAGAGAGAGAAAUUCUGGAGAAAAUGGAUCAUCCGUUUUUGCCCACGUUAUAUGGCUCCUUCCAGACUAGGACACAUGUGUGUCUCAUCACCGAUUUUUGUCCUGGUGGUGAGCUGUUCUUGCUUUUGGAAAGACAACCCCAGAAGAAGUUCCGUGAGGAGUCUGCUAGGUUUUAUGCAGCCGAGAUUGUUCUUGCCCUCGAAUAUCUUCACUGCAUGGGUGUUGUAUACAGGGACCUGAAACCUGAAAACGUUCUGGUCCAAAAAGAUGGGCAUGUGCAGCUCACUGAUUUCGACCUUUCCUUCUUGACUGCCUCUCGUCCUCAGCUGCUGAAACCAGUCGUACCAUCUGGCCGAAAGAAUAGACGAGCAAGGGAGAACCUACGACCAAUCCUCCUUACAGAGCCAAUAGCAAAGUCUAACUCCUUCGUUGGAACUGAGGAGUAUAUUGCGCCGGAAAUUAUCCUUGGUUUGGGACACAACAGCUCUGUAGAUUGGUGGGCUCUAGGUAUUCUUCUGUACGAGAUGUUAUUUGGACGAACACCCUUUAGAGGACGCAACCGGCAAAGGACUUUCGCAAAUGUUCUGCAUAAAGAUCUUGCCUUCCCAAGCUCCAUACCUGUAAGCUUGGCUGCCAAACAAGUUAUUCGUGGGCUGCUACAGAGAGAUCCCAAGAAGAGGUUGGGGUCAGACAAGGGAGCCCACGACUUAAAACAACAUCAAUUCUUCCGGGGCAUCAAUUGGCCUCUCAUCCGCUGCAUGACUCCUCCACCGCUAGAAACACCAAUCUACCAAAUCGGCAAAGAAGCGGACUCCAAAGACCUGGACUGGGAGGAGUUGGAUCCCAGUGCCGCCUCAUUUGAUGAAUAUUAAGUUGUAUUCCGGGUAGAUUAUGCUAAUUCAACCGAUUUGUGGGAGAUCCAGUAAAUAUAAUACAGGUUCUCCCCAGUAAGUGAGAAACGAGUGAGUCACGUUCGGAAAUCUCUUGGAAGCGUUCCAGGGGAAUAGUGGCUCACUUGUUCUUCAGAACAGAACACAGCAGCACGUCAUCAUCUGCCGCAAGCUCCCUAAUCCUCACAGGUGGAUGAGGCUGCAGCAAAUCUGCAACGUCGAUGUGGAGAGGAAAACAUGCAACAAGGAUACGAUGGCCGUGUCCGUGAGCUCUCAUCAACACGCGCACUUCUUGGAUCUCGGCGGAAGAUGUAGGAGAUUCGAGUCAGGAAUUUCCUGUCAAGUAUGUGAGAUCGGCCUCAUGUGGCUUCGUUUGUACAGUGUGUGUCAUCCAAUCAACCUGUUACAUAUUUGUUUUUAGAUGCCAGAUCCCCUAGAGUUUCGCCAACUCCUUUGUACCCCAACAUCCGGAACUUCGGUUUCUGGGUCGGUAUGAGGAAGUUGGUUACAAUUUCUUUCGUAAUUGUAAAACGUUUUUGCAGCAGCAAUAGCUAUCGUGAAUAUUGUGAGACAUGAGGCCGUAGUUGGAUGUAGGAUACUAGACAAGAGAGCAUUAGAAUAGUGUGUUUAAUACUUGGAUUCCCUCCACAAUGCUUGAUUGUGAGCCCUUGCAUCAAAGAGCUCUCCGUUAUUUCAAUCAUGAGUUGCUUGCACAGGCACAGCAUGCCCAGUUUCUGCCUGCACCCCUGACGAGAUCGGGUUGUGGCCUUAACCAUGAAGUUAACAUCACUCACUACUUUAGGAUUAUAUAGAGAUACAUUCAGUGAAAUUUGUAGGAUAUGCCUGGAGUGAGGACCUCUGGGAGGAGGCAGUUAGGUCUUCUUCUUGAAUGGAACAUGUUCUCUCCCUGGCAGACUUAGUUUAGAGGGCAGUUUCACUACCUGUAAACUCUUGCACUGCAAUAAAUUAUCGAGUUCUUAGGAGGAUGUCAAA